CCGCCGCCCGCGCCUAGGGUUCCGCCGCCCCGGCGGUCCGCCCCGCCGCCUCCCCUGCCCACCGGCCGCCGCGGGCGGCGGAUCGCCGGAUCCGCCCCGAUCCGGACUGGAUGGUCCGCCCCGGCCGCGCCGCUCCGAUCUGAUCCGGGCGGCGGCGAUCCGCGGGGGGUUUCGGAUUCGGGCGGUGGAGUUUCCGGGCGGCGAGGGGGUUGGGCUGGGCUGCGUUCCGGAUUCGUGCGCCAGGCGGUUACCUCCGCGCAAUCCUACUCGGAGUCGCCGCCGCGCUCGCGCCGGGUAUAUGUAAGGGGUCGGGCGCUCCAGGUUGAGCCCCCCGGGAAGAGAUCGCGCCGCGCCCGAUCUCCGCGGGGAAGUUGCGAUUUUGCGGCGGCGCGCCCGUGGGUUGACGGCGGGUUUCCCGGCGGCCGAUCCGCGCCGGUUACUUUCCUGGCCCUCUGUUGCCGCGUCGCCUGAGGAGGGUUUUGUGCGCUCGUGCGGUUGGUCCCAUGGCGGGCGGCGCUGAUGCCCCGAAGCAGUACGGGAUAACCAAGCCGUUAUCGCUGCUUGGGCCGGUGGAGGCGGAUCUCCAGAGGACGGCGGAGUUGGAGAAGCAGUUCUUGGUUGAGGCGGGCCUAUAUGAGAGCGCCGAGGAGUCUGCUAAGCGGGAGGAGGUGCUGGGGAAGCUUGACCAGAUUGUAAAAGACUGGGUGAAGCAAUUGACUAGUCAGAGAGGAUAUACUGAUCAAAUGGUUGAAGAGGCGAAUGCCGUACUUUUCACCUUUGGCUCCUAUCGUCUAGGGGUUCAUGGACCUGGGGCUGAUAUUGAUACUCUUUGUGUAGGACCUUCAUAUGUGAAUCGUGAGGAAGAUUUUUUUAUCGUGCUGCAUGAGAUUUUAGCGCAAACAGAGGAUGUGACCGAGCUGCAACCUGUGCCUGAUGCACAUGUCCCUGUUAUGAAAUUUAAGUUCCAUGGAAUAUCAAUUGACCUUCUUUAUGCCAGUGUCUCCCUCUUAGUAGUACCAGCUGACUUGGAUAUCUCUCAAGGAUCAGUACUUUAUGAUGUUGAUGAAGCAACUGUCCGCAGUCUUAAUGGGUGCAGAGUAGCAGACCAAAUUCUUAGACUUGUUCCAAAUAUUGAGAAUUUCUGCACAACAUUAAGAUGUUUAAAGUAUUGGGCAAAAAGAAGAGGUGUAUACUCCAAUGUUACUGGUUUUCUUGGUGGUGUCAACUGGGCUUUACUGGUUGCACGUGUCUGCCAGCUCUAUCCUAAUGCUGUGCCAAGUAUGUUGGUCUCACGAUUCUUUAGGGUUUUUACCCAGUGGCGGUGGCCAAAUCCUGUUAUGCUUUGUUCCAUUGAAGAGGAUGAACUUGGUUUCCCUGUUUGGGAUCCACGCAAAAAUCCUCGAGAUAAAUGUCAUCAUAUGCCCAUUAUAACCCCUGCAUACCCGUGCAUGAACUCGAGCUAUAAUGUUUCUACAAGCACACUGAGGGUUAUGAUAGAGCAAUUUCAGUUUGGUAAUAAAAUUUGCCAGGAAAUUGAAAUGAAUAAGGCCAGCUGGUCUGCUCUUUUCGAGCCUUUCCAAUUUUUUGAAGCAUACAAGAAUUAUCUACAGGUUGACAUCAUUGCUGAGGAUGAUGAAGACCUUAGACUUUGGAAGGGAUGGGUGGAAUCUCGACUGCGGCAACUAACUUUAAAGAUUGAACGUGAUACAUAUGGAAUGCUGCAGUGUCAUCCUUACCCACAUGAGUAUGCAGAUCCCUCUAGACAGUGUGCUCAUUGUGCUUUCUUCAUGGGCUUAUCAAGGAAAGAAGGUGUGAAAAUACAGGAAGGUCAACAGUUUGAUAUUCGUGGAACGGUCGAUGAGUUUAGGCAUGAAAUCAACUUGUAUAUGUUUUGGAAGCCUGGGAUGGAGUUGGCUGUUUCUCAUGUUCGGAGGAAGCAGAUCCCAGCUUAUGUAUUUCCAGAGGGUUAUAAGAGACCACGCCCUUCGAGACAUGUCAACCAUCAGCAGCAGUCAAAUAAAAACGACCCUGAAGAUGGCACAGCGACCAGAUCUCCAGACAGUCAGCUGAAGAGAAAGCAUGAUUCUGCUGGAACUGAUGAUGCUGAACCUGGCAGAUCUGCCAAGAGGUCAUCAGUCAGCCCUGUUCAUCCAAAAACUUCAUCGCCUCAAUCUGGGAAUGUUGGCGAUGAAACUGCAUGUAACAACCAAAUAAAAAGGGCUUCUAGUGAUGCGAGUGGUGGUAGCCAGGCUUCACCACAGGUAUCUGAGAGAAGCCCAGAUCCUGUUGCGUCUGGGCCGAGGUGUGCGACAAUGGGAGCAUUGUGUUCUGAUGAUGCAACUAGUAAGCAUGGUAUUCCUCUUGUCGAGAACUGCACCACCCCAACUGUAGCAGUAUGCACAACUUUAAAGCGGGUAGCUGAGAAAGUUGUAUCAGAGCUAGUUGGAAGUGAAAGGUUGGGAAGCACCAACAGUGCUGAGUUACUGGAGAGUAUGGAAAAAGAUGUCCUCGCUGAAAAUGUGCAUUUUGGUGGGAAUGGAGUCGCACAGGGUGGCCUUCCUGAAGAGUUAGAGCCAAACCAUAGGAUUGAAGUGGUUUCUUAAGCUGAUGCAGGUAUGAACUCAGGAUGCGUCGCGGAAGUCAUUACUGAGGGUUAGUGUGGCAUCAACUGCAUGAGAUUUGGAAAAAAAAAAGAUGUAGAGAUGGACAGUUUCUGCCCCCUGCUGGAGUGAAUGGUAAGUUGCUCAACUCACAAGUUUCCUUCUGGACACAGAUCUGCAAGCAUGGGGGUUUCCCAAGUGGAGAUGUGGAUGUUAAUGUCGAGCAUCGACAUGGCAAAAGAACAAAAAUCUCUUCGUGGACGGGCACAAGAUGCUAGCUUGUACGGUAGAUCUGCAUGGACCUUCAGUCUUCAGUUUUUACUUGUUGAGCAUCUGGCUCUUGUGUAUGAACUGAGCUGUAGCAGGCUUCUCUGAGUUGACUUGUUUGAUUCUCGGAGAUACACGUUGCCCACCAUGCUUUAGGUCUAGAAUAGAACUAGAUGUGAUGCUGUGUUCCUUAAGGCCCUUUGUACCUUUCCUCCCCCUUGUAAUAUAAGAUUUUGACUGACUCUUAUGUGUUGAUGGUGCCAUCCUAGUUCUUGCAAUGAUUCUGAUGAUGUAUGA